ACCCACUCCAACCCCGAAAACCGUAAACGCGUCUCCUUGGCCGACGCGUCUUCCGUUUUCCGGGGCGUCCCACUCAUUCACUCCCAACCCAAGGCUGCCGUCCGGCCCCGGAAGACCGCAUGUGUGUCUCUUUGCCUGACAUCUACUGAGAACCGUAACCCAGAAAAUUUGCCAGCAUAUGGAGACAGAUAUAGAUCCCGCCUCGGCGGGUCACCAGGAGAUUCGUCUUCUCGUGGACGAAGUUAUUGAAUCAUCCAAAAUACCCGCCAAAACACGCGCGACCAACGUCAAACCUGCUGUUGCUAGCCUUACCUCACUAUCAUACGAAUGGGGUCUUUUACCUGGGACCCUUGACGAUCUCAUCAUUCUCGUCACAACUCCAAAUCACCUUGACCAAGCGAGCCAAGCUGCUAUCAUCCGAAACCUGUAUCCCGUGGCACCUAUCUCUCGAAAAUCUGUUCUUCAAGUAAUCUCGUGCCUUGGACAUGGAGCCCUCAAGCCAUCUCUCACUCUCCAGGCCGCUCUUCUCAAGUGGCUCAUUACAGUACACCACACUUUGGAGUCACCACAAACGCUUUCUCAAACCUACUCGGUUCUGUUUAAUCUCCUCGAUACCGCGGCCACUCGACCUAACCUCAGCCACCUACUGGCUCUCAUUACCAGACGCAAACAUGUUCAGCCUUUUAGAAUACAAGCCUUGCUUAACCUUUCCCGGCAAACUGGAAAUGACCCGUCCUUGAUCGGUCUUCUAAGAGUUUUCAAAGACUAUUACCCCGAGGUUAUUGUAGGAGACGCGGUUCGGGGCAAAGCAUCCUCCUUCAAGCACCCUGAUCCGCAAUGGCGAGCAAGGCUGGACGAAAUCCAGGAUGCACAUCUUCAUCAAACAGAAAAAGGGACAUUGCGACCUCGAGAUGGCUUCCGUGUCCAUCGCCCUAUCGCCCGUAGUACUAGAAACAGAAUUAUCCCUGUAGUCCACACGUCAUAUGUGGCAGAGAAUGCGGUUACAUUAGAGGAAAUCGAGAAUGUUGCCAGUUUUGUCAAGAAUCUUGACAAGCUCGAACUCCCCAAUCAACUAGUGGCUGUUCUGGCAGAUCCUUUGCUGCAAAAGCUCAUGCUUCUGAGACCAGACGGCGAAUCUGAACAGAGACUAGCCAACUGGCUCAAUGGGGCUCUGCAAGAUGUUCGUGAUGGCGAUGCAGAUGAAAACACCUUCUUCGACAUGCUGGACAUCCUACGGGAAUAUGUUGUUUCUAUCAAGAACCUUCCUCCUCUCCUACUCGACUUCUUUGCACGCUUUCUUCCGCUUUGGGAUGGCUCUGGACGCCGCGAUGCCAUGUUUGAGAUCUUGUCUCACUCCCCAUUACUGGACUUCAAAGGGCUAUACAAACAUAUAUUCCAACCCCUUGAGGCUGCAACUCUUGAUAAUACCCCAGAAUCUCUGCUAGCGCUUCUCGCCCUGUACAAGAACCUUCUUCACCACUGGACAAUUGUGCUUGAAUCCAGUGACACGGUACCAGACCACGCCAGUGGUACUAUCACAGCCUUGGUCCGACACGUUAAUCCACUGGCCCUCACACUCUGCCAAACAUGUCCUUCUGUCUCAUCACGUUCUGCAAUUCUUGACUUCUAUGAGCAAAACGCCAGGCUCGUUAGCCAUCAAGUCCUCAAGCACUACAUUUGCAUCGAACUACCCCCUUCAUCCCUUAUUUACAUACUCUUCUUCAGCAGUUCUGUGGCCAUUGUCUCACGUAUGUGUGCCAUUCUUGCCUUUUACAAGAAGGGUUUCGAGAUGGCCAUGCUCACCAGGCCGGGUCGUGAGAAAAGCAACCGCAUUGACUCCACAUCAUAUAACAGGACUUUUGUCAGCCUUUUCAAUGGCUACCUUAUGGAUAUGUGCAAUUGCUUUUGGCGUGGCAGGGCUUUCACUAACAGUGACCCCAACGCACUUGGAUGUAUGAUUCCGGGGAGCCUCGUGCCUGUUCUGUCUUCGUACGUGACUUCUGUGGACAAGGCUCAUACUCUAGCAUCUCUCUUCUCAUUGUCACACUCGCCACUCCUGAGCUUGCAAAGCAGACGAUGUAUUAGAAGUCUUGAGAAUGCCGAAAUCGAUAGCGAUUCGUCUUUGCGCAUCAGGCAUGAGGGACCGCCGACACAGAGUAGCCUUGGGCAAUUGGCAAGUUCCGGGGGUUUACGCAUCUCGUGGCAGGAUUACAGGAUCAAGGUGCUCGAGGCACUGACUGCUAGAGAACUCGGGGGCAUUACAGAUCUUUUGAAGAACACAAUGACAGUUCUGAGGAAAUUAAUAGACGGCGAGGGCAGCUCCAGGCCAACCACGUCGCAGUCAUUUCAAUGAAUGAUGAUGAGUAAAUGAAUAUCUUGUCCUUUGUACCAUAUGUUAAAUUAUGAUCAGACUGGUCUAGUUGGGUCAAAAAAAGUCCGCGCUCUUGGUUGAAAUUUACUGUACUAAGCACUCCCAGUGCCAUACCGUUCCGUCGUCAUGCAUCAAGUGUUGAAAAGAACAAACGCCGCAGAAUACAGGGUUGAGAACUGUUUCCCUUUGAGCCGAACGCCAUGCAUGCGUGACCAAUGCCACCAAAUUCUCCCCCUAUUGCGACCCUACGCCGAGAAAUGCAGUUGAGUGCUAUCCGUCUUUCCGAACUCCAACCAGAAAACAAAUGAAACUCGGGGCGAUUGUUAAGAAUGCCCUGACAUAAGAUCUCCGCAAGAAAUAGCUUAUGCUUCGCGCUGCUUAGACUCGUCGCCAUAGCCACCGAUCUGGAUGCCUCCAAAGCCAUAGGUCUUGCCUUCAGGGCCACGUUUCAUGUUGCUCCGUGGCCCUCGCUCCUUCAAGUCCUCUCGAAGCCAGCUCAGGACGAGCUCUCCGAGACGGCUAUUGCCAGAGGCACCCACAGUACCAUCGAUGGUGGCGAGCAUCUUGUCAGCCUCGUCCCACUCCUUGACAGUACCAAGGUGCAUAUGGGCAAGAUGAGUAGGCCAACCAGCGAGGUUAUCCAAAAUAUGAGUAGCGUAGACGAUGGUACAUUCCCGAAUCUCCGUCUCACGCUUGAGCCAGGCCAGAAACUCAGCACGGCUCAGAACGUCGAGAUCGACAGUGAUUUCAUCGAGGAGUAGAACCGUCCAAGGUCUCAGUAGACCCAUGGCAAGCUGGACUCGACGACGCUCACCAUCUGAAACAGCAUGCAUACGCCAAUUGGUGUCGACAUCAAGCAUUGCGACGAGCUCGUCUCGUCGAUCAGGGUAUGCAUCGCCACCAACAGAGCGAAGCAACUCAUUGACGCCGAUGUCGGUUCGAACAAUGGGGUUGAGAACCCAUUCCAGACCAAGAUAAGUGACCCCCUCAAGACCCUCUUUGAAAGGAUCUACACCGCAAAUAGAGAUGGUGUCACUGGGCGCAAGACGUUUGCCGGCAAGAAGACGAAGCAGAGUUGUCUUACCGGCUCCAUUAGCACCGAUCAGAAGGGUACGAGACCGCGGAGGAAGAUCCAAAGUGAUGUUGUUGACACCAGUCGAGUAGUCGGGAAAAGUGUAUGAGAGGUUGUUGACUUCAACACGGGGAGGCUUAGGAGGUGUCAUGGUGAGUUCAACAAGUGGUGACGUCUCGAAUGAGAGGACAAGAGGGAAAGAAGGAUGGUCAAAUUGAGAGGUCAGGACAAUGGGAAGAGGAUUGAAAGGAUCUCUGGAACAUAAACUUGCGAGGAUAUGAUAUUUAUAUAAUCAGAUAGUGCGUGUCAUGACAAUGGCGAGUCAGAGAUUUCUGUUCCCCCUCCAAAUUAGGUACAAUACGAAGAUUG